CUGACUCUGCCUUUCCCCCCCUUCCCUCUCCCCGCGGACCAUAAAGGGCCCCGCCGGCGGUCGGGCUGCAGACGGCUGUCCUCGGCUGAGCUUGGCGCUACCCGCAGAACCCGAGAGCAGAGGAGACGAACCCGAGACCCUCGCCCCCCCUCGCUCAGCAGCCAUGAGGGUCCCAGCCCCGACCCUCCUCCUCCUCCUCCUGCUGCUCCUGCCGCUGCCCUGCACGUGGACCGGCCCCAGGAAAGUCCCCAUCGUGGACAAGGACACCAGCAUGGCGGACCGCGUGUUGGCCUACCACUACCUCAAGCUUUGCGGGUACAGGACGGCGCCCAACGGGGGGUGGGUGAAGGUGAGGACCGCAUUCAAGGCGAUGCAGAAGCAACUGGGCUUGCCGGAAACAGGGAGGUUGGACGCCCCCACCCUCGCGGCCAUGCGGGCGCCCUGCUACGAAGUCCUGCACGGGGAUACCUUCCACACCCUCCUAGACUACUCCAAGUGGAACCACACAGACUUCACCAGAGCUUCGGGACCUGCUGCCCACAAGGCUCCAGGAGGUUCUGCUCAGCUGGUGAUACAGCGGCAGCCCAAGUCUGGCCCCUCCGUAUCUCAUCCAGGCCCUGCCAUGAUUGGAGGGCACUCCAAGGGCAAGCCCUGCUCCUUCCCCUUCAAGUUCAAGGGCAAGAUGUACAGCAGCUGCACCACGGACGGACGCUCUGAUGGGAAGCUCUGGUGCGCCACCACCAAAGACUAUGAUGCAGACAAGAAGUGGGGCUUUUGCCCUGUCCAAGGCCCGGCCGUGUUUGGAGGGAACUCCCAGGACAAUCCCUGCUCCUUCCCCUUCAAGUUCCUGGGCCAGAUGUACAGCAGCUGCACCACAGAUGGACGCUCUGAUGGGAAACUCUGGUGCGCUACCACCAAAGACUAUGAUGCAGAUUUGAAAUGGGCCUUUUGUCCUGACCAAGAUCUGAAGUUUCAGGCAGCCAUGAGAGAGGUUUUUGGGCCUCUUAAGCCCCACGGCUGCCAGGAACGGACCCGGGAAGGUGAGCGGCGGAUGGCGGCAGCCAUGUUUGUGGCGCCGGGAGGGUGGGCCCUACACAAGACUUUCAAAGCUGGAACCUGGUCCAGCCUCUGUUGCCAGUUUGCGGCUGCAGAGCCCACAGGCCAUCCCUGUCUUCCAUUCAGCUUUGGGACCUGUCCCCCCAAGGCUCCAGGGGGUUCUGCUCACUGGGUCCAACAGUUGGGCAUCAAGGCUGACCUCUCCCUCCUCCAUCCAGGCCCAGCUGUGAUUGGAGGGAACUCCCAUGGCAAACCUUGCUCCUUCCCCUUCAAAUUCCUGGGCCAGAUGUACAGCACCUGCACCAGAGAUGGACGCUCUGAUGGGAAGCUUUGGUGCGCCACCACCAGAGACUAUGAUGCAGAUUGGAAGUGGGGCUUUUGCCCUGACCAAGGUAUGGGGGAAGCCCCUUUCACUGCCCCUCUGAUGUACAGCACCUGCACCACAGAUGGACGCUCUGAUGGGAAGCUUUGGUGCGCCACCACCAGAGACUAUGAUGCAGAUUGGAAGUGGGGCUUUUGCCCUGACCAAGGCCCAGCUGUGAUUGGAGGGAACUCCCAGGGCAAACCCUGCUCCUUCCCCUUCAAAUUCCAGGGCCAGAUGUACAGCAGCUGCACCACAGAUGGACGCCCUGAUGGGAAGCUCUGGUGUGCCACCACCAGAGACUAUGAUGCAGAUUGGAAGUGGGGCUUUUGCCCUGACCAAGCUUCGGGACCUGCUGCCCACAAGGCUCCAGGAGGUUCUGCUCGGGCGGUGAUACAGCGGCAGCCAAAGGCUGGCCUCUCCGUUCCCCCUUCAGCCAUGGCUGUGUUUGGAGUGAACUCCCCGGGCAAGCCCUGCUCCUUCCCCUUCAAGUUCCUGGGCCAGAUUUACAGCAGCUGCACCAGAGAUGGACGCCCUGAUGGAAGGCUCUGGUGUGCCAUCACCAAACACUACGAUGUGGACAGAAAGUGGGGCUUUUGCCCUGACCAAGUCCUCUUCACCUACGACGGACACAGCGAUGGGAAGAAGUCUGUUUCCCCCUUUAUCUUCAGGGGCAAAUCUUACCAGGUAUGCGCCACUGAUGGGCGCCCAGACGGCUACUGCUGGUGCUUGACUCCUGCCAACCUUGACCAGGACAAGAAAUAUGGCUUCUGCCCGAAUAGACGCACUGCCAUGAUUGGAGGGCACUCCAAGGGCAAGCCCUGCUCCUUCCCCUUCAAGUUCCAGGGCAAGAUGUACAGCAGCUGCACCACGGAUGGACGCUCUGAUGGGAAGCUCUGGUGCGCCACCACCAGUGACUACGAUGCAGACAAGAAGUGGUACUUUUGCCCUGACCAAGGCCCUGCCAUGAUUGGAGGGCACUCCAAGGGCAAGCCCUGCUCCUUCCCCUUCAAGUUCCAGGGCAAGAUGUACAGCAGCUGCACCACGGACGGACGCUCUGAUGGGAAGCUCUGGUGCGCCACCACCAGUGACUACGAUGCAGACAAGAAGUGGUACUUUUGCCCUGUCCAAGGCACUGCCAUGAUUGGAGGGCACUCCAAGGGCAAGCCCUGCUCCUUCCCCUUCAAGUUCCAGGGCAAGAUGUACAGCAGCUGCACCACGGAUGGACGCUCUGAUGGGAAGCUCUGGUGCGCCACCACCAGUGACUACGAUGCAGACAAGAAGUGGUACUUUUGCCCUGACCAAGGCCCUGCCAUGAUUGGAGGGCACUCCAAGGGCAAGCCCUGCUCCUUCCCCUUCAAGUUCCAGGGCAAGAUGUACAGCAGCUGCACCACGGACGGACGCUCUGAUGGGAAGCUCUGGUGCGCCACCACCAGUGACUACGAUGCAGACAAGAAGUGGUACUUUUGCCCUGUCCAAGGCCCGGCCGUGUUUGGAGGGAACUCCCAGGGCAAGCCCUGCUCUUUCCCCUUCAAGUUCCUGGGCCAGAUGUACAGCAGCUGCACCACGGACGGACGCUCUGAUGGGAAGCUCUGGUGCGCCACCACCAAAGACUAUGAUGCAGACAAGAAGUGGGGCUUUUGCCCUGUCCAAGGCCCGGCCGUGUUUGGAGGGAACUCCCAGGGCAAGCCCUGCUCCUUCCCCUUCAAGUUCCUGGGCCAGAUGUACAGCAGCUGCACCACAGAUGGACGCUCUGAUGGGAAGCUCUGGUGCGCCACCACCAAAGACUAUGAUGCAGAUUUGAAAUGGGCCUUUUGUCCUGACCACGGCCCAGCUGUGAUUGGAGGGAACUCCCAUGGCAAACCUUGCUCCUUCCCCUUCAAAUUCCUGGGCCAGAUGUACAGCACCUGCACCACAGAUGGACGCUCUGAUGGGAAGCUUUGGUGCGCCACCACCAGAGACUAUGAUGCAGAUUGGAAGUGGGGCUUUUGCCCUGUCCAAGGCAUGGCUGUGAUUGGAGGGGACUCCCAGGGCAAGCCCUGCUCCUUCCCCUUCAAGUUCCAGGGCAAGAUGUACAGCAGCUGCACCAUGGACGGACGCUCUGAUGGGAAGCUCUGGUGCGCCACCACCAGCGACUAUGAUGCAGACAAGAAGUGGUACUUUUGCCCUGACCAAGGCCCUGCCAUGAUUGGAGGGCACUCCAAGGGCAAGCCCUGCUCCUUCCCCUUCAAGUUCCAGGGCAAGAUGUACAGCAGCUGCACCACGGACGGACGCUCUGAUGGGAAGCUCUGGUGCGCCACCACUAGCGACUACGAUGCAGACAAGAAGUGGUACUUUUGCCCUGUCCAAGCCAUUGCUGUGUUUGGAGUGAGCUCCCUGGGCAAGCCCUGCUCCUUCCCCUUCAAGUUCCAGGGCAAGAUGUACAGCAACUGUACCACAGAUGGACGCACUGAUGCGAAGCUCUGGUGCGCCACUACCAGUGAUUACGAUGUGGACAAGAAGUGGGGCUUUUGCCCUGACCAAGGAAGUAAUGACGUCCGGACGUGUGGGCGGAGCUUCGUGCUGCUGCUGCUACCAGUUCACCGAACCAUGCAUCGCAGCCGCUACCAGUUCGAUUGA